AUGGCUAUAGUCACCAAUGGCGCUUACAGAAGCAUUGAGCAUCGUGCUGUUGUAAACUCUAGGAAGGAGAGGCUAUCCAUUGCCACAUUUCACAACCCCAAAUAUGACGGUGAAUUGGGCCCUGCACCUAGUUUGCUUUCCUCACAAACGCCCGCAUUAUACAGAAGAAUCAAAGUUGCAGAGUAUUUGAAGGGCCUGUUUGCUCGAGCCCUAGAUGGAAAGUCAUAUAUAGACCUCAUGAGGAUAGAAGAAGAGGGUAUCAACUGA